AUGAACGCUACCGUUGCAUCUGAAUACUCAUCAGAAGUUCACACAGUUCCAAUUGAACACAGGUUCAAUCCAUACUCCGACAAUGGUGGUACAGUGUUGGGAAUUGCGGGUGAAGACUUUUCCGUUCUUGCUGGUGAUACCAGACAGGUUGUUGGAUACUCCAUUAAUUCACGUUACGAACCAAAGAUCUUUGAUGUCGGGGAUGACAUAGCAAUGACAGCAAAUGGGUUUGCUGCAGAUGGGGCUGCUUUGAUAGAUAGAUUCAGAAAUCAAUUGAAGUGGUAUAAAUUUGAUCAUGGUGGUAAAAAAUUGAGUAUCAAGAGUGCAGCCAGAUAUAUUCAACAUUUAUUAUACGGAAAGAGAUUUUUCCCUUAUUACGUUAGUACUUUAAUUGCCGGAUUGGACGACGAAGGAAAGGGUGCUGUGUACUCUUACGAUCCCGUUGGAUCUUACGAAAGAGAACAAUGUAGAGCAGGGGGUGCAGCUGCCAGUUUAAUUAUGCCAUUUUUAGACAAUCAAGUGAACUUCAAAAAUCAAUUUGUACCAGGCACUAACGGUACAGAGAAGAAGGAGUUAAGAUACUUGUCGUUAGAUGAAGUUUUGCAAUUGGUUAAGGAUGCAUUUUCAUCAGCUACUGAGAGACAUAUCUACGUUGGUGAUGGCUUGGAGAUUUUUAUCAUUACGAAAGAUGGCAUUAGAAAAGAAUAUUAUCCUUUGAAGAGAGAUUAG